UGCUUUGGAUUAUUCAACUGCGCGCGCACACACACACAUAUAUAUAGCCAGAGCCUGUCCUCACUAAUGCUUAAUGGACUAAGAAAUAUCUGUGGGACUUGAAGCAAACAACUGUGAAAAUGAAAUUGUAUCUGGUACUUGCCUUUGUGGCAUUCACAGGCUGCCAAGCCAACCUGUUUUAUGCUGAUGAGCCCAAGCCACAGCUGGAGCAGCUGACCGAUGCUUUCUGGAGCUAUGUUGCCCAGGCCACACGCACCGCAGAGGACACUCUGAAAAUGAUCAGAGAAUCUCAACUUGGUCAGGAAGUCAAUGCCAGACUGACCCAGAGUGCCGAUAUGGCCAGCGAAUAUGCCGUCACCCUCAAGAAACAGAUGGAUCCUCUGACUGAAGAGCUGAUGACCAAAAUCACCAAGGAGGCUGAAGCACUGAGAGAGCGUCUGGGCCAGGACCUGAUCAGCGUGAGAGACAAACUGGAGCCUUAUGUUGACAACCUCAAGAGCCAGAUCCAGCAGAGAGUGGAGGAGCUCAGGACGGCCAUGGCUCCAUAUGCUGACUCCCUGGAUUCUGAGACCCUGAAGGCCACUCUGCUCCAGAAAAGCGAGGAGCUGAGAGGAAACCUGGAGCAGAGCGUGAAGGAGCUGCAGGCUCAGAUGGAGCCCUACACUGCUGAGAUCAAGGAGAAAGUGGAUCAACAUCUGCAGGAGUUCCAGAAGACCGUGACCCCACUGACUGAGGACCUGCAGGCCCAGAUUAGAGAGAGAGCCCAGAUGGUCCAUCAGAGUCUCACACCCUACGCUGAAGACCUGAAGGAAAAGCUGGAUCCCUACGCACAGGACCUGAAGGCCCAACUCACCUCCCUGUACGAAUCCUUCAUCAAGAGAAAUUAGAUGCUUCAAAGACUUCUUUUGUCACUAACAGAACUGUUUUUCCUUUCAUCGUGACUCCAAAAUCCCAUAUCUCUCCAAUAACCGUGACCUAAAUCAAACUACUAGGCAAAAACAAUAUCUUUGGUCUUACAUGUAGACCAAACACUAAUACAGAGAAAAAGAGUAUUAAAAUGUAAUUUUUUUGCUGAAAUCCAGUUGUUUACACUUUAACCAUUCAUACAGAUGCAGAAAUGUUGCUCUUUUCUAGCUGAAGUGUAUUUAUUUCAAUUUAGCAAGUUUUUAUUACGUCUGACAGAAAAUGUUCUUUCUUGCAAAUGCCAAGUGUAUCAUUUGUCUUAUUUAUGUAACAAUAAAACAUCUGCCAUUUAUUAACACAA